AUGCAACAGCUAGGAGCCGCUUGGUUGAAGUCCGCGAAGAACUCAUCGUUUGCCACAGCUCUCCAUGGCGUAUUGGAAGAUAGCUUUCUGAGUGCUUCAAGCGAAUGGAAAGUGCCGAAUACUUCUGUGGUUUCCAACAUCACAGCUCUGGAACCGUUCCUUCAAGAAGGAGGGCUUUUGGUGGCUUCCGGAGCUGUGGCAAGGAGCCCAUUCAAAGUCCCAGAUGACGAGCCUCCCAUUUGGGAGUUUGCUCCAAUCUAUAUCGAGGAAAAGUUGAUGGGAAGGAGCAAUUUUCGUUGGGAUGUGCUGCAUAAAGGCAACUGGACCGUGCAGGAGCCUGAAAAGGCGAUCUUUUAUGUGGUUUGCUGCGGUCCCAUUGAGCGACUGCUUCAAUUGCCACCUCGUAGUCCGGAAGCGCCAUAUUUGUGUUAUGAUUGCGAUGCCAUCCUCAAAAUGGAGAACAUGGCUCAAAAGAAGCCACCGGCACCACAGAGGGAUUUACUGGCGCGACGCGACUUCAUGUUUUCCAGCACUGAUUUGCGAUGGUGGAGUGUGCACAACGACUCAUCCCUCCUUAUGCCAGGAGUGACACACGUUCAUCCCAUGCCUUCGCCUGAGAGCCCCUUGGGACCCCAUUCGAAGUGGGGUCCAUGUGAGAUUUCUGGGGAAUUGGGAGCACGCAGAAUGACUGCCAGCAUGGAUCUUCCUAUGUGCGACAUAAUGUUGAGGCCUGGUUCAACAGCUCUUAUGAGUCGCCAACGUUUCUACGUGGUGAUAAGGGGCAAGAGGAAGUUCGAACCUCCCAGUGAUGUCUUGGUGAACAUUCAUCAUCCAAAAGAUUCCUUGAAGCAGAGUUUCCAGUAUGAUUCACUCUUUAAUUCUGCCUAUGGCCUCGUGCUUCACGGACAUGGUCGCUGGAGCUAUCGAUUUACGGAGACUUUAAAUGGAGGAGCCAUCCCAGUGCUCUUGGCUGAAGGUUGGAGACUCCCCUUGGACGAGUUGGUCGAUUGGGAGCAAGUCACGGUCCAACGACCAGAAGCGAUGAGUCGAGAUGUGCCAGCUUUGAUAGAGAUUCGGAGUCGGAAUGAAAGCAUCAUCAAUGCCACACACCACCGAAUCAGAGCAGUCUAUCAGAAGUUGAUGGUCACCCAAGAGAUUCGACUGCUUUCCUUACUACGAUCGGCAGCACUUUGGAAGCGCAACUGGCGUGAACGCGAGAAGCAAACGCUGCGGAUGCUGGUAGAUAGGUGGGACGUGGCGUUCCGUCAUGCGACGUGGAUCACUCCUGGUUGUGCUAAGGAAGAGUUUGCCAUGACGUUCUACGACAUCGACGAGGGCUUUGCCCACGCUGGUAUCGAAGAGGUGACCAUCCAGGGCGACUGGACGGUAGCGAUUGUGUCGAAGCAGACGAGCAUCGACGUGGUACAUUCACCAGAUUUUCAAAAGAUCAAGUGCCCCGGUGGCUGCGAGUUGUGCCGGUUGAUCUGA